CUUCCGGGACAUGGGUGUCAAGCUUCGGCGAUCAAAAUGCCAAUUUAGGAAGCCGGACAUCACUUACCUGGGCCACCAGAUCGACAAGGAAGGACUACAUCCAAUCGAGAAAAACUUGGAGGCCAUCCGAGAUGCACCGACGCCGUCAAAUGUUCAAGGAGACUCCUGGGACCUUGGAGCACCGGUGUGGGUCCGCAACUUCGGCCAAGGUGAAAGAUGGUCACCGGGGACCGUCCAGAACAAGCUCGGGUCAAGGAUGCUGGUCAUCGAGACUCCGGAGGGAACAGUCCGUCGACACAUGGACCAGGUCCGCGGCAGACAAGGUCCGACUGAAAGUCUGGGUGGCCCUAAAAACGGUUCGGACAACGUCGGGCCGCCAGUGACACUAGGACAGCCGGACAGCCAGGGGCCACCGAGCGAGCAAGACGUGCCAGCCCCCGACGGUCAAGACCAACCAGCCUUACGACGCUCAACGCGGACACGGAAACCGAUCGAUCGUUUGCAAUAUUAAGAGAAAAAGAAAUGUUGCGUUGUCAUUGUUUACAUCCUGUCUAUUCGCUGUUAUCAAGCCGAUAGCAGUUUCCCAGUUGACUUCACUAGUCGUGGCGUUCCCUAUAUAUCUGUGUUCGAAGCAAUAAAGGGGGCGUUGUCCCAUACUGGCUACCACCGGAGCGUGUCAUACUCGCGUCGCGCCUGGCCGAACGGCGGAUGGCAGCUA